GCCAUCUGUGUUUUGUUUGACGGUGGUGGUUUAGCUCUCUUCAUACCAUUGACCUCGCUUCUUCCACAAAUCUUUCCUUCUCCUUUCUCAAUCAACUGUCCUGGCUUUCUUCGCGCACAUCUCCUCUCUGUUCUCUGGACAGCACACCAUGCCUCCCCAGCGUAAGCGGAAGUCGGAAGGCGCGUCCAUCGCCGAAGAGAGUGCUCCAGCUGCCAAGAGAGUUGCGCCAGAUACGCCAGCCGACAGCGAAAAACGAAAGAGAGGUCGCCCCCGGAAGUACCCCGAGGGUUCGACUCCCAAGCGCCCGGAUGGCCCCAAAAGAGGUCGCGGCCGGCCUCGCAAAGAUCCCAACUCUGUCUCCACUCCCUCCAAGCCCAAGACACCCAAAUCGGACGGCACUUUCGGCCGGGGUAGGCCUAGGAAGUCCUCGCCUAAGCCGACGCCGACGCCGUCACGGAAUGGCACCACCAGGUCGACCCCCAAACAAACCAAAACAGAAUCGCCAGAAGUCAAGUCUGCUGCCUCGGCCAAGUCGACUAGCUCGGCCAAGUUGCCUACCCCAGUCAAGGCGACUUCGGGACCCUCGUAUUGGUUGAUGAAGGCUGAGCCUGAGAGCCGUAUGGAGAAGGGUGUUGAUGUCAAGUUUUCUAUCGAUGAUCUGCGCGAACGCACGGAGCCAGAGGCCUGGGAUGGUGUACGGAACCCGUCUGCGCAGAGACACAUGCGGGCCAUGAAGAAGGGUGACCAGGCCUUCUUUUAUCAUUCCAAUUGCAAAGUACCCGGAGUUGCCGGCGUCAUGGAGAUUGUGGAAGAACAUUUUGUCGAUGAAUCGGCCUUUGAUCCUGCCCACCCCUACUACGACGCCAAGUCGAAGCGCGAGAAACCCAAGUGGGAAGCGGUUCGUGUGGAGUUCCGGCGGAAAUUCAAGAACCUCGUGCCUCUGAGUCAGCUUAAGGAAAACAUGGCUCCUGGAAAGCCGCUGGCGAACCUUGAAAUGCUGAAGCAGUCCCGGCUGAGUGUGUCAUCUGUGAGACCCGACGAAUGGGAGUUCAUCUUGGGGCUUGCCGAAGAAGAGGGAGCUGAAGACAAGGAAGUCGAGGCGACUGAGACGGCUGAGGCGACCGAAGUAAACGAUGCCAACGAAGCGACUGAAGUGACUGAGUCGACUGAGUCGACUGAGUCUCCUAAGGACACAUCUACUGAGAAGCCCGAGGAAGCGCCGCAACCAAGCGAGUAAACUGGUGAAAUUCUUGAUGUCCUUUCGGAGCGGCUUAUGGGAUGAAUUUUCGGGUUAUGGGUAACAUCACAUCGGUAAAGCCGGAUCUCUGUACAACCAAUGGCGUUUCUACAAUACAAUAUUCUUUCAGG